AUGCGGUACAGCUUUGAGCAGGUUGCGAAGAAAGAGACGGGAGGGCUCUGCCGCGCGGUUGCUGCCGCCAACGCCACACGCAGUGACUUAAUGAAGGCGUACAUGCAACUUGCCGAGGCUGAGAUACGCGCAUUGCCUAAGCAGCGAAGGCUUCUUGAGCGACUGUUGGUGCAGUCCGAGGAGGAACGUCGUGCGGCGGCAAAUGAACGGCGGCAAUUGGCGCUACGUCGCCGUGACGAAUUGAAGCGAAAACUGCGGCAGUUUAAAGAAGAGGGGGAUGGCGAUGGUGCAAGCAGGACUUCAUCACAAGAUGAAUAUGCAAGACAAUGGGCCGCGGUGUAUGGUGGACUUGCGUUGCGACGGGAACAACUUGCCCAUGUCUUGUCGUGCCCCUCCACGGCGGUACAUGUCACUACAUUUACGGAUGCGGUAGACUCAUUGGCUCCUUUUACAUCUGCCGUACAUCGUGUCAUCACCUUUUUGGAAGAUAAAAAAGACAUUGAAACCUAUACGCUUCCCACCCAGCUUCUGUAUACUCAGCUGGAGCGGGUUACUAAAAUGCAGCUACAAGUCACCUCCUUGUUGAACCGUGAGCGUCAUACGCAGUCUCUCUUACGGGAAAACACUGCGGAAUUUUUUAAAGGCCAGGAAAGGCUUUUGGCAUGGUGUGUAGAGCAGCAGGAGGCUUUGCAUGAUUUGAAGGGUCUGAAGGAUCUUCGAGAAUUUUGUGCCUCAUUUAUGUCAAAUGUGGCGGUGAUGGAUACGAACUUUCUUGUCCUUCUGGAGCGGAGUGAGCAAAUUGCAUCGAACAGGGCUGUUCGUGAGGCACUGGUGACGGUGAAUCGCACGUGGAUGGAACUCGCCAUUGCCGUCUACCACACGAUACGCCAGGCCAUUAGGAGGGAGCACGCCAAUUCCGGCGUCGAGGCAGCCUGCAAAUGGUGGGUAGAUACGUUUGAGCAACGCCUGAGGCGUAUUCUUGUUGAGGCACGCGAUAUCGCAGAUCACAUGGAGAUGCAAUCCGAACCGCUGAUGCAGACCAUUCAUAGGCGGAGCAUUGAAGUUUUGAGGGAUUUGGCUUUGCCCCACACAAUUUCACAGCACAUAUCCGAAUUCACAGAGCGUGAGGAUUCCGUUGCGCCGCACGAGGAGGCAUUGCGUGAUGCGCUGGUUAUGCGGCUUUCGCUUCUCACCCAGACAUUUGUGGGGGAUGCGAAGUACGAUGGGCAACGCGAAUACACGGAUCGUUUACGUGAAGUUUCCGAUUAUUUAGAUGCCCAGGCGACGGGCGCUGUUUACACACAACUGCUGGAACGUGUGAAGAAGUUGCGAUCGAUGGUAGAGGGGCAGUUACGUUUGUUGCCCGCUGGGAAAACUGUCACAGCGGCCGAUGCCUAA